GACAAACACACAUACGCCCCUCAAAACCGCAACACGUCACGAUGGAUGCAACAGCAGCAGUGGAGGCCGGGUUCCCCGAGGUGUCGAGGUGGAUCGCUGACGACGGCGACGGCGAGGCGUUUGUGUUCCGCAAGUUCGACCGGCUCGCGGCCCGGAACUUGCUGUACCUCCAGGCACGCAUGCUCGCGCUGGAGGAGAAAAUAGACCGUGCUGAUGGCGCCACCUCCGCGGGGGGCGGCCAGGUGGCCAUGCUGAGGAUCAUGCGCAACUGGGAGACCGUGGUCGACAAGAGUCAAGACCCAAACGUUUCCCAAGACUUGAGGGAGAAAUGCUUGGAGCAGAUUCGCUUGCACGAGGAGCUGAGCCGGCUGAUGAAGGAGUAUCACGAAGCGCUCGGCCUGCAAAGCCGCAUCUCCAGCCUCAGCAGGCCGAACCGGAGGGUCCUGGGGACCUACAGGGCUUGGCUCGAGUCGGCAAACACCCUGAAGGGACUGUCGGCUCAGUUCCUGGACGACAAGCUGGACCUCGUGGCGCUCAAGCAGCCCGAAGACCGUGACCACUUAUCCGAGAUGCUACGGCACGUCUGGCCGGCCAAGAGCAUCACAUCCGCGAGCGGCGUUAGGAUCGCUCACUUCCACGAGAAGUCCAUCUCCACCUGGGCCAACGCCAUCAGCACGCUCGUCGCGCUCGCGCUGCUGGUCGGCUCCAUCGUCUGCCUCCACUUCCUGGGCGACCUCAGGGCCAAGUUUGCCAUGAUCGCCGCCUUCGCCGCCUUUUUCGCGCUGAGCCUCGGCGUGAUCACCAGCGCCAGGCGUCCCGAGGUCUUUGCGGCCACUGCAGCAUAUGCCGCUGUGCUUGUUGUAUUUGUUAGCAAUCAGGAUUUAACUAGCCAAAGUGGGACUUAACGGGGAAAGGGACAGAAUGGAUAUCAAGGGUGACGAGUAGGCGUUACCUUAAUUAUCGGACCUACUGGAUGGUAAGCUCAACAGUUAAGGCCCUAAUUGGAAUGGCGAAUUAAGGGCUGGAUUAAUACUUUUGGGAGGUUGGAAGCAGUUGGGAAUCCGGCGUUAGGAGCACAUAAUACAAACCCCAUUCGGACUCGUCCCGCUCUUUGGGCACGUAAUAAGUUUG